AAGCGUCGCAAGCGUGCCUCCACCACGGGGACCUCGCGGCCCUCGCCCCGUGAGCUUGGCAUCAUGCGUAAGGAUGAUACCUCCGCUAGUUUCCUAGGCAGCUCCAGCGGGAUUCACUUUGUUCGCACCGUCUACCAUGCCUUUGCCCGUCGCUCCGCCGAUCUCCAGCAGGCGCGCGCCAGCCAUGAGAGCCUUGUGCCCGGGGAGGAUGACCAUCUCCGCACCGGUCAAGGCCAGGCACAUGCUCCUUUAUGGACGUCCGACGAGCUCGACCCGACUAAUCCUAAGCUGCCUUUUGAGGACCUGGUGCAACUGUCGCGUCAUUAUUUCCUGAACUGGCACCCGAUCUACCCCUUCAUCCAUGCACCCCACAUUCUCCGCGCCAUGGAGCAAACCAGCCAAGGGGGCCUCCGAUCCAUCAGCCGGACCGAUGCGGUGCUCAUCCGAUCCAUCAUGUCUAUGGCGGCCAUCGACAGUCGACAAGCCCGGGCGGGCGCCCCCGUCACGGUGACGGUGCCCGCGGAACUGGUCUUCCAAACCGUGCAUGAGGCAAUGAAUGGGCUCCGAGACUUGCUCGACGAACCAUCCUCCAUCCCAUUGCUGCAGGCCGCCUUCAGCAUCCAGCUCUUUCUCACAUCGAUCCUCCGCCUCAAUGCUGCGUCGCGAAUUGGGGGGUUCGUUACCCGAACGGCGUUCCACCUGGGACUGCAUCGCUGUCCGGCCCGGUAUUCCUGCUUCACGGCCGAAGAUGUGGCCACUCGGCGUCGGUUGUUCUGGUCGAUCUACUGCCUCGAGCGAUAUUUGACGCAAGCCCUGGGGGUACCCCUCAGCAUCCGCGAUGACGACCUGGAUGUCUGUUAUCCUGGAGCCGAGCGACAUGCGUCUGACACCGAGGUGGUUCUGUCCCAGCCUGAGGAUAGGCGGCUCAAACUGCUGCGUCACCUGGCCAAAUUUGCACGUCUCCGGGGACUGAUCUCGGAGCUACGGAACAAAUCGAUCAUGCAUAGUGGGGAGAACGUGGUGGAGGCGGUGGAAGUCAGCAGUGCGCUUCUGCAGUGGUGGAACGAGGUGUAUGAUGAUGUGUUUCCGCUGGAGAGUGAACCGGGACAGGGGCAGGGGCAGGGGCAUGAGGCCGGCCUCCAACCGUUUCACUCGCUCCUGCUGGUUGUGUCGCGUCAUGAGGCCAAGAUCGCGCUUCACCGGCCGCUGCUGGCGGCGGACAAUUCAACGACGGCGGACUACAAAGCCGCAUUCCACACGUGCAUCAACUCCUCUCGCUCGCUGCUGGCCGCCUUACAUGCCUACAUUUCCGCGCCCCCCAGCGACAAUCGUCCGCCACUGGUGGUCGCUUCCUUCACCUGGACGGUAUGGAUGUCGUGUCUGAUUCUAAUCUACGCCGCCUGGACCGGUCACUUUUCCAAUCAAGGGGCGCUCCGCUAUGCGCGCAUCGGGAUCGCCGUGCUCCAAAACAUUGCGCGACGGGAGCGAGAGUGGCCGCAGACCUGCAUUGAAGCCAUCGAGGAUCUGUGCUCCGCUUUGGAGCGGCAGGAACGAAAUAGUACCUAUGCUACUACUGGAAGUACUGGUAACGCUGCUCGCAGGCCGCAACCGGAGAUUCCCUCCGAUUGUCCCGAUGCCAUCCGCAUUGCCGAGGAUCCGAUAACUUUCCCCGGACAUGCAAAUAAUAAUCAUGGGGAUGGGAACGGUAAUGCCUCCCCACACUCGGUCCGCAAUAGCAUGGCUCAAGACUCCUGGGAGAAUCUUCCCAUGUCGGCUCCGGGCUUUGAUCCAACCUCCGUGCUCACCACUCCCGAUCUCUAUAAUGCCGCCAGUAUGGUCUUCGGCGAUCUGGCCGGCUCGGGCUUUUCCUACGGGUUAGGGCCAGAAUCUACGGCUGCUUUGCCCGCAUCUGACCCUUUCAUGAUGAACGAAGGCUGGAGUGUGGCCGAUGGACCAUGGUUGAUUCAUGGGGAUUUCAAUGUGUGA